AUGGCUGCUCUCCGCACAACUCGAAUUCGAAACCCCGCACUCUUCGUUUGCGACAUCCAAGAUAAAUUCCGCAAUGGAAUCUACGAAUUUUCCAAACUGUACAUUAACCCAUUAAUUCACCCACCCAUCCACCCACCUGCAUCGAAGACAACUAACAACUUGAACCUCAGAGUCUCAACAACCGAAAAAAUGGCCCGAGCAGCAUCAACCCUCCAAUUCCCAGUAUACAUAACGACCCAAAACCGCUCAAAACUCGGCAACACCGUCUCAGAACUAAGCACCCAUCUCCAAGGCCCACACAUCAAAGCCGACGUAGAUAAAACACUAUUCUCAAUGAUCACGCCUGAGAUCAAGGCAUUGCUCCCCUCUGACCCUGCAGCAUUGGAUGCUAUCAUCGUUGGUAUUGAGACGCAUAUCUGUGUUACGCAAACGACUCUUGAUCUUUUGGCUAAGGGUCAUCGAGUUUAUAUUCUUGUUGAUGGCGUGAGCAGUAUCAAUAAGGAAGAGAGGAAGAUUGCGUUGGAUCGAUUGAGAGAUGCGGGGGCUAUUAUUACUAGUAGUGAGAGCUUGUUGUUUGAAAUUUUGGGGGAUGCGAAGCAUGACGCGUUUAGGACUGUUAGUGGGCUUGUCAAGGAGACGAAGGGAGAGACGAAGGGAGCUUUGGAGGUCUUUUCGAAGAUCUGA